UAUCAACUUAUGUCUAUUUCGUUAGCUAUAUUUUAUAUAUACAAUUAAUUAUGUUUCAGUUUUGUGUCAAAUGUCAUGAACACGGUUGGUCUUUAUGUUGCUGCAAAGCCACUGUCUCCGGAUAAUAACUAUUUUGAGAUAGUAAUUGUUGCCCCUGGAAAGUAUUCGUUGAUUGGUAUCGGCCUGGUACCCUUCAAGUACCCAUUGGAUUCCCAGCCAGGAUGGAAAGAAUUCUCAGUUGGUUACCACGCUGACGAUGGACAGUUAUAUAAGGCUUCGGGAUUUGGAAGUCCGUUUGGUGAAAAGUGCAACAUCGGCGACAUAAUGGGUUGUGGUAUAAAGUUUGCAAAAAAUGAAGAGAAGUUUAAACAGGCUGUUAAUGUGUUCUUCACAAGAAAUGGCCGGGAGGUUGGAACAGUGACCGUUCCCUUUCCCCCGGGUGGCCUGUACCCAGCGGUGGGGAUGCACUCUGACGGGGAGGUGGUGAGACUAAAGCUGUGCGCAGAGUUGAACGGCAACAAACCCGAUGGAAUGGUACGUGAUGACCUACCAAAGCGCAAGAAGUGCAAGGAAAUUGUAUUAAAUGCUCUCGGACUAAACACAUGGGAGGAGGUGCAGGAUUCCUACGAUCAAGCCGACAACAUGCUUCAGUUCACAGGUGAUGUUUCAACUUCAGAAGGGCGUAUACAGUUUUUGACUCGCGCUCUCGAUUUGGCAAAAAUUGGUAAAACAAAAUGGAGUGUGCAGAUCACGGUGAAAAGAAAUGGUGUAGAAAUACCUGUUGAUGAGCAGUUGAUAGGCAAAUAUUCAGAUCAAAUAAUUAAGGAAAUCAAACGGAAAUUUUGACCGCCUCCCACAUGUUUUUUUUAAGAACCACAUAUACAAGGCCGCAGGCCUGACCCGUAUCUUGCCAUUGGUAUGGACCUUUUGGUAUGGACCUUUAACCCCGCUCAUUAUCCAGCGUUUUAACUUCCGGGUUUAUAUUUAAACCGACUAUUAAUAGCUAAUUAAUAUCUUAGGUGAUUUAUCAAGCGGUUUCGUAGUGUAGUGGUUACACGCUCGCUGCACAUGUGAGAGGCCCAAGGUUCGAGCCCCAGUAGAAUCAAAUUAUUUUAUUUGUGUUCUACGUUAACUUUUUGUUUCUAUAAAGACAUUUUAGUUUAAAUAAAUUUGCUGUUUUAUUGUAA